UUCACUACGAUUAACUUCAUGUUUGAUUUUUCUUUCUUGCACUUUUUUACUUUCUUUAUUUGCUUUUUGUGCAUCCCGAGGUCAAUCAAUCAAUGGGGGGCAUUGCACGAACAUAAACAAAAAACAAGUCCAAGAUUCUCCCUCUCUCCCCAAUUUCCAUCAGCUUAUUUCUUCAUUUGAUGAGCCAGAAAAACCAGUAAUUUCAGUUUCAGUUUCAAAUUGCAAUCAAGAUUGCGUGGGGCAAUCGAUCAAUCAAAAGGGGCGUGAUUGUGGGUUAAUUUGGGUGAGAAAUGACGAGAAUGCCAGUGGGCAUCGCGUCGUCGUCAUCGAUGAAGAUGAUUGAUCUGUGGUCAUCGGCAGAUUGGUGGGAGUCGAUAAACGAAUCAAGAAAGUGGCAAGAUGGAAUCUUUUUCGCUCUUUCUGCUUCGUAUGGCCUCGUUUCCGUCAUUGCUCUUAUUCAGUUAAUUAGGAUUGAACUAAGAGUACCUGAGUAUGGUUGGACAACACAAAAAGUUUUCCACCUCAUGAAUUUCAUCGUUAAUGGAGUUCGUUCCAUUGUCUUUGGGUUUCAUUUACAGGUGUUCGCUUUGCAUCCCAAGGUUUGCAUUUGGAUGCUAUUGGAAGUUCCCGGUUUACUAUUUUUCUCAACAUAUACUCUUCUUGUCCUAUUUUGGGCUGAGAUAUAUCACCAGGCUAAAAGUUUACCAACAGAUAAACUCAGGAUUGUUUAUGUAUCGGUUAAUGCAGGAGUUUACUUGAUACAAGGUUGUCUUUGGAUAUACCUUUGGUUGGAUGAUAGCAGCAUGGUGCGAUUCCUUGGAAAGAUUUUUGUUGCAGUUGUAUCCCUUAUGGCAUCCAUAGGCUUUCUGACAUAUGGAGGAAAGUUAUUUGUCAUGCUACGAAAGUUUCCUAUUGAAUCUAAAGGGAGACAAAAGAAACUUCAUGAGGUUGGAUCCGUGACAGGAAUAUGCUUUACAUGUUUUCUUAUAAGAUGCUUUGUGGAUGUUUUAUCUGCUUUUGAUUCACAAGCUUCAUUAGAUGUACUCGAUCAUCCGGUUCUAAACUUGAUUUUCUACAUGCUAGUUGAGAUUCUCCCCUCAGGUCUUGUGCUUUACAUUCUCAGAAAGUUGCCUCCCAAGAGAGUAUCUGCACAAUACCACCCGAUUCGUUAACCAUUAUUCACUUUUGACAUAAAAGUUUAUGAUCGAUUUAGUGUUUGAUGAAUAUUGGAUUCAAGAUGUGCAGAUUUAUGAUGCUAUCUUGCUUCUUGAUGUAGAAUUAACAGUUGAUUGGGGAAAUGUUUUGAUCGAUUUCUUCAUGGGGGAUUUGUGGAUUGAAUAUUUGGAACAAAAAAUGGUGUCAUUCCAUUUGGUUUCUGGCUUGUUUUGAUAAAUGUCAGAAUGAGUAAUG